CUUUCGCAAGCAGAUGCGCCGGAGCGCUUCACAGUCCACACUCUUGAGUGGCCUCCUUGCGUUGCGGCGGCUACCUCUGCGAACAAAAUGGAGAAGGGUAGAAACCUGGUGGUCUCAGCUGUGCAGUUUGCCCGCCCGAACGGCGUCUAAACCAAUGUCGGCACCGUCGAAAGUCUCAUACAGUUUCUCAACAAUGGCUGAAGUAUCACAUGGACCUGCCCCUGGAAAUGAUUGCCUGUCAUUCAUUAAAGCCUCACUAGAUGAGCUUGAAGGCCCAUAUCAUUGUUGGUUGAAUAGGUCCUACAAAAAUAAACAACUUUCUGUUCGAGACAGAACAUUCUUGGUUCUUUCUGCAAGAAUUCAUGACCAUGAAAUUUUGUUUGAAAAUAUAAAGAAAAUAAAGAAAAGGUUCCCUCAUCUUUUUAUCAUGGGCUUAUUCUUAAUUCAUCCUUCAGCAGAUACAAUGCACCUAAUCUGGUUAUUGAUGGCUGAAAACAUCAGUUUCCCCAUAUUAUUGUCAAAGAAGGCAUUUCCUGAGAUGGAGAAAGGUGCAUGCUACUUGUUAUUUAAAAAUUUUGAGGGCCCAGCAGUAUAUCAUAAGAAAGAUGUGGAUCUUGAAAUACUCUACCAAGCUAUUCAGAAGUUAAAUAUGCCGCCUGCUGGGAAUUCUGAGUCAAUUAAUCAAUUGAAGUUCACUUCUUGGAAGCUAGAUGGAAUCACGAAGGACUAUUAUAUGUGUUCUUCUCUUCAGAAUUUACUUCUCUGUUAUCCAGGCUGCAUCUCUGCAGAUGAAAGUGGAAACCGCCUCUUUCUUUCUGAUUGCAAUCAUCAUAGGAUUAUCGUAUCUGAUGGCAAUGGAGUGAUUUUGGACUGUAUUGGCUCUUCCCCGGGAUUUGAGGAUGGAGAUUUUGAAUUUGCUAAAUUAAGGCGACCUGCAGGUUCUUAUUACCAUGCUGCUGAGGACUGCUUAUAUUUUGUAGAUUCUGAGAACCAUGCUAUCAGGAAAGCUGAUAUGGAAGCACGAUCAGUAGAGACUCUUUAUCCGACAAGUGCCUCUAAGAAGAGCAGUGUGCGUAUAUGGACUUGGAUCAUGAAUAAGCUGGGUUUAGAGAGUAAUGUGGACACUAAUGUUGAUGAAACAUCAGAUGUGUUUGAUUCUAAAACACCUGUUUUGCCAUGGCAUAUUUUGAGAUCAGUUGAUGAUACUCUCUUCAUUCUAGACCGCAGGUUUCAAGCUGUAUGGAUCAUGGAUUUGGCUUCAGCAAAGAUUGACAAAAUUCUUAAAGGUUCUCCUGAAAUUAAUGAGAUAUGCAGAGAGCAGAUCACAAAGAAAUCAUCCCUUUUAGAUCAUCUAGGCUAUGAUGGAUUUCAACAGCAAAUCGAAUAUACCUGUUUUGUGGAGGGCCUCCCUCAUUCUGGUCUUUUAUCUUCACUUACGACGCUGCAGAAUCAAAUUUUCAUUUGUGAUACAGUUGGACAGAGGAUUUUGAAAGUUGACGGAGAAUCUGGGGUUUGUUCAAACUUCAAGUUUUCCAAUUUAGGGAUACUCGGAUUACCUUAUUGGAUGACAUCCCCCUUGGAGACAUUUUAUGCUACUGGAAAUGGACUUUCAGAGGUACCAAUUGAUCAUCGGCAGUCCUUCCAGUUGCUACCAGGUAGAAUUCAAAUACAGUUAAUUGUGGAUGUUCCUCAGGAUACUGAGCUAGUACAACCACUGGAUGAAACCUGUAUCUGGCGGCAAGCAAGAGGAGCAGCUACUGAAGUCUCAUUAAUUGAGGAUGUGCCAGGAUCAGUAGAUAAGGUCGGGGUUGCGCAACUGUGGUAUGAUGAAUUGGAUAAUCUUGCCUCUCCUAAACCUGAAUCAGAGCAAGCUGUUCCAGAUGAUAAUCUGAAUGAUAAUUUAAUGGUGGAAGAUAAAGAAAUUUGCAUCACCUGCAAUGUCAAUACUAGCCCUGGAACCAGUGAGGUUAUUAUUUACACGGUGCUGUACUUGAAACUUAGAAGAGACCCGAAUUCACAAGAAGAAAACCCUGAGAUUCAUGCUGGAAGGAUACUGGAUAUCAUGAGCUCUGGGAGGUAUGUGAAGAUGGAGAGAGAUCUGUGGAGUGAAUUUUUAUCAAAAUCUAAGGGGGACUUGAGAGAUCUCAUUUUCAUGAAGCCACUGCACAUAAGGAUAGAAUUGCAUAGUUUGGAUCAUCCAAAGGCUGAAAAUGAGAGAGAUAUCAUCUUGACAGACUCAUCUAUCCAGGUAAAAGUAUCACUCAAUGGACAGUAGGUAGAUUCAAGAGCGAUGGCGCAAACCUCUCGCUCUCUCUCCCCCCCUUCUCUUCCCUGGGGUAUUGCUUUUUUUGUGUGUCUGUGAUCACUAGUUAGCGUUUUGAUCCAGAGGUGUAAAAUAGUAUUAUAGGAAGCCAAGUUUACUUGCGCAUUGUUCAGACAAUUCGAUUCUAAUUUGACUAGAGUCAAGCAAGAGAUGUACACCAAGGCAACAAUACGAGAUUAUGGAAAGUUUUUUUUUUUUUGGUGAAUAUGGAAAGUUAUAUUUGAUGUGCA